AUGGGAGGAGUGAAGAGGAAAUCCAGCUCGAAAACCCUAGCUAAGGGAAAGAAGAAGAAAGGACCUCACUUGCCCAACUCAAUACUCAGAACCAUUGCGAACGAGAAACGUCCUUUGAACUCUGACGAAGAAGACGAUGAGAUCGAUUCCGAUGAUGGUAACGGCGGCGACUUGUAUGAAUACGAAGAAGGUGUCCCUGAGGAAGAAUCCGGGAAAAACAAACGUUACGGCGAUGUCGAAAACUACGAGUUCAAGUUUCCGGAGAAUUUCAAGGAUGAAAAUGUGGAGUCAGAUAAUGAUGAUGAGGAUAGUGAGAACAGCGACAAUGGUGAAGGCGAUAGACACACACGAAUGUUGCAUGCUCUUACUGGAAUGCCAAGUGCAGCUUUUGAAGAGAGUAAAAGCAAACCUGUACUCGUCACUGAAGCAUAUCCAGAGUCUGAAUUCAAUCCUACCCGUGAUGUUCUGGAGGGUAAAGGUCUCAUCACAAUGGAAGACCUUUUGGCGCCUCUUCAAGGAAAACCUGGGUAUAAUCAACUAAAGAAGAGGAUCUCCCGGAUAGAGAAAGAUACUCAAUCUGUUGUUCAUGCUCCUUUGCCAAAGCCAGAACGAGAAAGACUGGAACGGAAAGUGGUGCAAAAAGAAUUUGACAAGGAGAUGGAUACGUGGGUGCAUCAGGUAAAGAGGAAUAGGGAGGCACCAACUGUUUACUUUAACCAAGAUUUCAAUAUUGGGUAUUCUACGGUUGGCGCAAUAGCAUCAGAAUUUAAACCCAGGACUGAAUUUGAGAUGAAAAUGGCUUCUAUACUCAACAAUAACGAGGUUCGGGAGGCUCACCAAGAAGAUGGUGCUAAGCUUCUUGAAUUGAACGAGGCAAGUUCUGUGGUGUCUAUGGAAGACCACAUCAAGGACCGUAACCACAGUGCUAAGAUGCGGAGCCUGCUCUUCCGUCAAGAUUUAAAAAGUAAACGAAUCAAGAAGAUUAAGUCUAAAACUUAUCAUCGUCUUAAAAAGAAAGACCUGAUGAAAUCAGCAGUGGGAGGAGCAUUAAUGGACCCAGAAAUGGCUAAAGAGGAGGCUUUGAAGCAAGAGACUAGACGAGUAGAGGAACGUGCGAGGUUAAGGCACAAAAACAGAGGAAAAUGGGCCAAACAAGUGUUAAGACUUGGACUGAAUGUGAAAUACGACGGAACUCGGGCAGCUAUGGCUGAACAACUUCAGAUUAAUGCUAAUUUGUCCAGAAAGAUGAACUCCAUGAAAGAUGGAAGUAGCAGUGAUGAGAGCGAUGAUGAAGAUGAGUUGAAUGAUGGUUCAGAUCAGGAUACUCCUUCUAAAUUGAUAGCAAAAGCAAAGGAGAAGAUACUGGAAACUUUGGAAGAUGAUGAAGUGCCCAACACUGGUGUUCUGUCAUUACCUUUCAUGGUUCGCGCUAUGAAAAAGAAGUCCGAGGAAGCUAGGGAAGAAGCUGAAUGUGCACUUGAGGAGUUGGAGAACUCUGGUGGAGCAGAAAUCCCUAAAAAAUCCGUUAAUGUUAGUGGUAGAAGAGUGUUUGGUGCAACCACUAAAGUUGAAGUUCCAAAAGAGUCUAAGAAGGAUUCAGACAACUUUUAUGACAACAGUGAUAGUGACAAUGAUAUGGAUGGCAUAAAAGAUAAUGACUUGGCUGUAAAAGAUAAUGAUUCACCUGCUAGAAACACCGGAACCAUUACAGAAACCGAGUUCGAUGAUAUUGCUGGAAAUCCAGCAUCUAAGACAACAUUUGAUGUUGCCAUACUUGUUCCAGACUCCGGGAAGAAGAUGGCAGGCUGCAAAAACACGGAAUCCAAAAAACCUUCAAAGACUCAUGUACCCAUUUCACAAGACCAAGAUAAAAAGGAAUCAAGAGACGAAGAAAGUGAAGAUUCAGAUAGUGAACCAGAAAUGGUGGACGGGAUUUUGACAUCUGCUGCGGAGGAAACCUUUGAAAUUCCUUCUCAAGCAGAGCUUAUAAACCGUGCUUUUGCUGGUGAUAAUGUCGUUGAUGAAUUUGAGAAGGAUAAGCAAGAGGUUCUUAAUCAGGAAGUUCCUGAACCCGAGAAACCGGUUCUAGUUCCUGGUUGGGGACAAUGGACCAAUAUCCAAAACAAGAGAGGUUUACCUUCAUGGAUGGUUAGAGAACAUGAGGAUGCCAAGAAAAAGAGAGAGCAAGCUCUCAAAACAAGGAAAGACGCACGUCUUAAACAUGUUAUCAUAUCAGAGAAAGUUGAUAAAAGGGCCGAGAAACUUCAUACAAAGACUCUACCUUUCCCUUAUACGUCGAAGGAAGUUUUUGAACAUAGUAUGCGUAUGCCUAUAGGACCCGAUUAUAAUCCCGUGACUACUGUUGGAGAUCUAAACCGACCUGAGGUUGUGAAGAAAGCUGGGGUCAUAAUUAAACCGAUCAAGUUCGAGAAAGUGAACCCAAACGAGAAAGUAGACGAUGAUGAACACCCUCGAAGCCAACAGAAACAAAGACCCAAAAAGGACACAAAUUUUGAUCCGAAGGGAAAAUGUUUUGCUUUGUAA